AUGACACCCGAUGACAAUGUUAUGGAAGAAUUACCUUCACAAAAAAUUUACAAUGAAUUCGAAGAAAGAGGGAAGAGUUGUAGAAGUAGUCGUACAGGAACGGAAUGCAACCCACAAGUAAUAGGAAAAGUAAAGGGCGCAUUAGAAGUGUGGAACAGUAGUGCGUGGGGGAAGGAUGAGAAAGUGGCCUCUGCCAUUGUAAGGAAUUACUAUUAUGUAUGUAUGAUGAACGGGAACAACCCAUCCGAUAAUACUCCCUGUCAAUUAUUUUAUUAUUGGUUAGGUGAAAAAGUUAGGGGAGGAAAGAAGCCUGCUCAGAGUUUUGGGGUGGUCAUGAAUUCAAUUUACACUGCACUGAAGGAAUUUCCACCUAUGAUUAAAUACAAAGGGAAGUGCAAAAACUUAUACCCAAAAAUAAGCGAUGCCCUCUUCGAAUAUAGAAAAACACUAUUCGAUUACCAUUAUGAUUGUAAAGAUGAACAAGGACGCCCCAGGAGUAAGGAACCUUCCAGUUGUCAAAAAUGUAAAGGACUCCUGCAGGCAGCUAAGGAUGCAUAUGAUGAAUUGGAGGAAUGGUGUAGGACUGGCGGGGAGGAAUAUUGUACCGGAUUUAGGGCAAACUAUAAGGGGGGAACGACACAAUAUCCAAAACCAGAGAAAUUGGAAUGUACUCCCGAAGCACUACCGAAACCUACACGUCCGGAAAAAUGUAAGAAAGAUGUACCCUCACAGGAAGUAUAUUGCCAAUUCGAUGAUGCUGAUGAACAUUCCUGUGAUGCUAAUAGCGGGGCCGCAGGAGUAAUAAGUACGCUAAAGCAUAAAUUAGAACAGUAUAAUAUUAGUGGCAGCUAUGAGAAUAACAUUGUGGGAGCCUAUUGUAAAGCAUCUAAAAUGGAAAAAGGAAGUGGUUCCAAUAGUGAUGGCUGUAAUUUUUUUUAUUAUUGGCUGGAGAAUGUGAUGCGCACAGUAAAUGAACUUGAUAAAAAAUUUGGGACCUACAUGGAAGGCAUAUACGAAAAAUUGGAACAACUGCGAGUUGAUAAGCGAUGUACUAAUUUAUAUGAACGGAAGAACAACAUCAGCUGGAAAAUUUUCAAACAAAUGAAAAGACUAUUCGAUUAUCAAAAGGAUAAAAGUACUAUACUGAGUGGAGUGGGAGAAGGGGAUCCCUGUCCUGUACAAUAUCAAACAUACCUAAAGAACGUAAAGUGUGCCUAUCAAACUAUACAGAAGAAAUGUACAGGAGGGGAAAACAGUGGACGUGAAUGGUGUACUCAAUUUGGGAAGUGGCAUGCAAAUUAUAAAAAUGAGACUGAAUUAAAAUUUGGGUGUGUACUGAACAAUCCAGCGCAGUGCACACAGGAAGAAAGUAGUUCUGAAUCCCAUGAGAGUGUGGUGCAGCCAAAUAGUGCAACCUACCCUGUCGGAACCAGCACCCCUACCGCUCCAAUCAUCUCUUCUGCAGUGGCCGGAGUAGGCUUACCAACAAUUGUUGCAUUCCUUUUAUAUAAAGUAAGUAAAAUCACAACAAUUAUAAUUACAAGGUGA